UGGUAGAGGGCAGAAGCCCGCCGAGUACUUAGGGCCUCGCCGCCGAUUUCGCCAGCCUAUUUCGCACUUUCUUGAGGGCCUUCGGUUCCCCGCAGGUGGGGAAUCACCGAGCGGCCACCAGACUGCAUAAUGGUGACCCCCUGCCCCACGAGUCUCGUGAGCCCCGCCGCCCGGGCUAGGAGGCGGGACGACCAGAACCUCCGCGCCCCGGUGAAGAAGAACAGGCGCCCACGUCUCCGCAGGAAGCAGCCGCUGCAGCCACUGAGCCCGUGCCCACUCCCCGGAGACUCCGGUGUUUGCGACGUGUUCGAGUCCCCCAGCUCCGGAUCUGAUGGUGCAGACAGUCCCGCAGCUUCCGCGGCGCUAGGCUGCAGCCCCCUACCUGCUCCUGCCCAGCAGUUGGAGCAGCUAGAUCUACAGACCUUCCGUGACUACGGUCAGAGCUGCUACGUCUUCCGCAAGGCGAGGGAGAGCCACUUUCACCCGCGGGAGUCGCUGGCGCGGCAGCCACAAGUAACGGCGGAAUCCCGCUGUAAGCUGCUUAGCUGGCUGAUCCCCGUGCAUCGCCAAUUCCGUCUCUCCUUCGAAUCGCUGUGCCUGGCGGUGAACACUCUGGACCGCUUUCUUACCACCACCCCUGUGGCUGCAGACUGCUUCCAGCUGCUGGGGGUCACGUCCCUGCUCAUCGCUUGCAAACAGGUGGAGGUGCACCCGCCACGCGUGAAGCAGCUCCUGGCCCUGUGCUGCGGUGCCUUCUCCCGGCAGCAACUCUGCAACCUCGAGUGCAUCGUGCUGCACAAACUGCACUUCAGCCUCGGCGCACCGACCAUCAGCUUCUUCUUGGAGCAUUUCACUCACGCCCGCGUGGAGGCCGGGCAGGCUGAAGUCUCCGAAGCCCUGGAGGCACAAGCCUUGGCCCGCGGCGUGGCGGAACUGAGCCUGGCCGACUAUGCCUUCACCAGCUAUACUCCCUCCCUGCUGGCCAUCUGUUGUCUGGCGCUGGCCGACCGUAUGCUACAGCUCCCGCGCCCGGUGGACUUGCGCCUAGGCGGGCACCCUGAGGCUGCACUGCAGGACUGCCUGAGCAAGCUGCAGCUACUGGUGGCCAUAAACGAAACCUCCCUGACUCACAUGCUGCCCUUCCAGAUAUGCGAGAAGUGCAGCCUGUCCCCGAAAUUGAAAUGA